AUGCGGUCUAUCUUCGUUAUUGCCGCCAUCUGCGGGCUCGUCAAGAGCCUGGAGUCUCGGGAUAGCUCUACAGAUAACGGGAAUGAGCCACUCCCACCCAAUGAUCUUGCUUUGACACCACCGAUGGGAUGGAGCAGCUGGAACUACUUCGGCCCGAUCAUCAACGAGUCGAUUGUAAUAUCCACCAUCGACUUUGUCGUUUCCAGUGGCCUCCAAGCAGCAGGAUACCACUUCAUCAACAUCGACGACGGCUGGCAGCGUUACAAAGGGAACCGAUCAGACCAUCCAGGGCCCCUUGAGGCCGAUCCGGAAAAGUUCCCCAAUGGUAUUAAGUACGUCGCCGAUUAUGCGCAUUCCAAAGGCCUCAAACUAGGCAUUUACAGCGGGCCUGGGGAGACGACCUGCGCAAAGUUCACUGGGACGACUGAGGGAUCUGAGGAUCAAGACGCCGUGACCUUCGCUUCAUGGGGAGUAGACCAUCUUAAAUACGACAGCUGCUGCUCAAGGGGAAAAGAAGCCCCACAGGAACUAGUUAGGGGCGACGUACGCCGGAUGGCACUCGAACUUCGCGCAACGGGCCGCGAUAUCGUAUACCACGCGUGCCACUGUGGAUGGGCGGACGUCUGGACCUGGGCACGCGACGAGGGGGCGAACCACUGGCGGAUGGGGCAGGAUAUUAGCGACGACUUCAAUUAUCCCGGAUUCCGGGAGGAUUAUUACUUUGACGUUCUGGACAUGCUCACCCGGGGUGAGAACGUGAGUCUGGCCGAGUACGCGGGACCGGGCGGGUGGAACGACUACGACAUGCUCAUAGUCGGGCUGAACGGCCUGAGCCCGCGGCUUGUUGGCGCCGGGGCGAGCAAUGUCGAGUAUCGCGCGCACUUCAGCAUGUGGUGCAUGGUGGCCAGCCCGCUACUCAUUGGGACCGACGUGCAGACGCUCUCGAGCUACGAGCUUGCCACUGUCACGAAUAAAGACAUCAUUGCCAUCAACCAAGACCCGCUGGGUAUCGCAGCGACAGUUGUCUACGAGGAGCAAGAUGGUCAGCUGCAGUAUUGGGCAAGGGAGUUGGACGAUGGGAGUGUAGCCGUUGCGUUUCUGAACCGCGGGUCGGAGCUUGCGCUGAUGAGUCUCUACAUCCAGCGAUACUUGUUUGUGGAAUGGAGGUCUUACACAGUCAAGGAUCUCUGGACAGGUGAAGAACAAGGGCCGUUGAAGUCACCAGCCUUUUCAGCUGAGAAUGCCACCCCAUCAAAGGUUAUCCCACAGGAGGUUAUCCCACAGGAGGUUAUCCCACAGGAGGUUACCCUAAAGGAGGUUAUCCCAUAG